UUUGACUACUUGUACUUUUUACAGGCUCCGUUUCUCUCUCUCUAAACUCUCUCUCUACAUCACCGCUUCGGAGACAACGCCGGAACCCACAUUCCUUACCGGAAAUUCUUUUCCACCGUCGAGAAAAACCUUGUUCCUAUCCUUUAAACCGAACUGCUCCGACCAGGUCUCGUUGAACCGGGUUUUUUCUCUCUCGUUUCUUCACCUAGUCCAAGUCACUGCAUGAGUUGAAAAAUCAGCGUAUUUGACUUGGAAUUAUCAAUGAGGUUACUUGGUUUCUAGUUUUCGUGAAGAGGAACAGAUCUACUAAGGUUUUUUCGCAUUUUAGAGAACAAAUAAGAAGUGGGUUUUGAUUUUCAAAAGAGAAAGUGAGUUUGAGGUUUAUGAUGUACGGAACUCUGAGAAACGAUCGCAGAAGAUGGUGGUGUUUCGGUGAAUCUCUCACAUGGAAUGGCAGAUCUUGUUAAUCACAGGAAUUCCGACCGUGACAUUCAACAGACAUUGAUUGCUUUGAAAAAGGGUGCUCAAUUGCUUAAAUAUGGUCGUAAAGGAAAGCCCAAGUUUUGUCCAUUUAGACUUUCCAAGGAUGAAUUGUCAUUAAUCUGGAUUUCAAGUAGUGGAGAAAGAAGUCUAAAACUAUCUUCUAUCUCGAAAAUUAUUCCUGGACAAAGAACUGCUGUUUUCCAGCGAUAUCUGCGUCCUGAGAAGGAUUAUUUAUCUUUUUCACUUAUUUAUAACCACGGGAAGCGAUCCCUUGAUUUGAUUUGCAAGGAUAAAGUUGAGGCAGAAGUGUGGAUAUCUGGCCUCGGGGAAUUGAUAUCUUUUGGACAAGGUGGGCGGUCCAAAAUUGACGGAUGGUGUGAUGGAGGCCUAAAUCUUGAUGAUAAUAGAGACUUGACUUCAAAUAGUCCUAGUGAAAGUUCGGUCAGUGCUUCUCACGACAUCAUUAGUUCUCCUGACGUUUCUGCUAGCGUGCCAAACACUUCUCCAAAUUCCAUUCAGCCUGAAAAUACCUUAAAUUUCGAAAGGUCACAUGCACCAUCAAAUAUGCAAGUGAAAGGAUCUAGUUCAGAUGUUUUUCGUGUUAGUGUUUCCAGUGCCCCCAGCACGUCCAGUCAUGGGUCUGCACCAGAUGAUUACGAUGCUCUCGGGGAUGUAUACAUAUGGGGGGAGGUUAUCUCUGAGAAUGUUGUGAAAGUUGGUGCUGAUAAAAAUGUCAGUUAUUGUAGCCCGAGAACUGAUAUUCUCCUCCCGAAGCCACUUGAAUCCAAUGUGGUUUUAGACGUACUUCAAAUAGCAUGUGGUGUUAAACAUGCUGCUCUAGUCACAAGGCAAGGUGAAAUGUUUACAUGGGGCGAAGAAUCUGGUGGACGCCUUGGCCAUGGUGUUGGCAAGAAUGUGGUUCAACCUCGUCUAGUUGAAGCAUUAGCUUCUACAACCGUUGAUUUUGUCGCAUGUGGGGAGUUCCAUACCUGUGCUGUUACAAUGACUGGGGAAAUAUAUACAUGGGGUGAUGGCACUCACAAUGCCGGACUUCUUGGUCACGGAACAGAUGUUAGUCAUUGGAUACCGAAGAGAAUUGCAGGUCCACUAGAGGGGCUUCAGGUUGCUUUUGUCACUUGUGGUCCGUGGCAUACAGCUUUGAUAACUUCAACCGGGCAGCUCUUUACAUUUGGCGAUGGAACAUUUGGUGUCUUGGGCCAUGGAGAUCGAGAAAAUAUUUCGUAUCCUAGAGAAGUAGAAUCCUUAUCUGGGUUGAGGACGGUAGCUGUUGCAUGUGGAGUGUGGCAUACUGCGGCUAUUGUAGAGGUCAUUGUGGCACAAUCCAGUGCGAGUAUAUCGUCAGGCAAAUUGUUUACAUGGGGAGAUGGAGAUAAGAAUCGCCUAGGACAUGGAGACAAGGACGCCCGGCUCGAACCAACGUGUGUAUCUGCCCUUAUCGAUUACAAUUUUCAUCGAAUUGCUUGCGGGCACAGUUUGACAGUAGGCCUAACAACGUCUGGACAUGUUUUUACUAUGGGUAGCACUGUUUAUGGCCAGCUUGGAAAUCCUCAGUCUGAUGGAAAGCUUCCAUGUUUGGUCGAAGACAAGCUCGCUGGAGAAUGUGUUGAAGAAAUUGCAUGCGGGGCUUAUCAUGUUACUGUUUUAACCUCCAAAAAUGAAGUUUAUACUUGGGGUAAGGGUGCAAAUGGAAGAUUGGGUCACGGAGACAUUGAAGAUCGAAAAAUGCCUACUUUGGUUGAAGCCUUGAAGGAUAGACAUGUGAAAUAUAUUGCAUGUGGUUCAAACUACUCGGCCGCCAUAUGCCUACAUAAAUGGGUAUCUGGCGCCGAGCAGUCUCAAUGCUCUACUUGUAGACAGGCAUUUGGAUUCACUAGAAAGCGGCACAAUUGUUAUAAUUGCGGACUUGUGCACUGCCAUUCGUGCAGUUCAAGGAAAGCAUUUAGAGCAGCCCUUGCUCCUAAUCCUGGGAAGCCGUAUCGUGUUUGUGAUUCUUGUUACACAAAAUUGAUCAAGAUUGCAGAAUCCAGCAAUAAUAAUCGGAGGAAUGGAAUGCCUCGUUUUCCGGGAGAAAACAAAGACAGGUUAGAAAAGUCAGAGCUAAGAUUGUUGAAGCCAGCCGUUCCCUCUAAUAUGGAUCUGAUAAAGCAAUUAGAUAGUAAGGCAGCCAAGCAAGGGAAAAAGGCCGAUACAUUCUCUCUGGUUCGCACCUCACAACCACCAUCUAUGCUACAGCUGAAAGAUGUUGUAUUGUCUACUGCUAUGGACCUGAAACGCACAGUCCCAAGACCUGUUCUUACACCUUCUGCAGUGAGUUCUAGGUCUGUAUCGCCUUUCUCUAGAAGGUCAAGCCCCCCUCGUUCAGCUACGCCCAUUCCAACAACAUCAGGACUUGCCUUCUCAAAAAGCAUUACUGAUAGUUUGAAGAAAACAAAUGAACUUUUGAAUCAAGAAGUGCUGAAGUUGCGUUCUCAGGUUGAGACCCUGAGACAGAGAUGUGAGAUGCAAGAAUCUGAGCUUAAAAGGUCAGCGAAAAAGACUCAGGAAGCUAUGGCUCUAGCUACCGAGGAAUCUACCAAAUCUAAGGCUGCAAAAGAAGUUAUAAAGUCACUUACAGCACAGCUCAAAGAUCUGGCAGAGAGGCUUCCUCCCGGUGUUAAUGAUGCCAAUAAAAUCAAACCAGCAUACCUGCCUAAUGGUUUUGAGCCAAAUGGCAGCCACCAUCCAGACUCAAACGGGGAGCAGCGCCACACAAGGGCAGAGUCGAUCAGCGGCUCCAGUUUCACAUCCAUAGGACUUGAAUUUUCUCCAAUGAAUAGAACCGAAGGGAAUUCACCUGUAAGCUAUGCAACUAAUCUUUACCAGCAAAACCGGGGAUCUUUGACCUCUAACAGGACAGAUGAUUACCGAGAUGUUAAAUUGCCAAAUGGUGGCGGCGCGAUUCAGACAAUCAACAGUAGUGCGCCGGAUACUGUUAACGGUAGGGAUUCUGGGAAUUUCCGAGAUGAUGAGAAUGGCUCGAGAGCGAGGAAUGAUGCGAUGCCUGCUAACAAUAAUCAAGUUGAGGCAGAAUGGAUUGAACAGUACGAACCUGGUGUCUAUAUAACUCUGACUGCCAUGCGCGAUGGAACAAGAGAUUUGAAGAGAGUUCGCUUCAGCCGGAGAAGAUUUGGAGAGCACCAAGCCGAGACUUGGUGGUCAGAGAAUCGCGAUAAGGUAUAUGAAAGGUACAAUGUUCGCAGUACAGACAAGUCGUCGAGCCAAGCAGCGCGUAGGACAGAAGGUGCUGGUUCACCUGUUCUAUAAUCUUAGGAAAAUAGAAGAAGGAAAGUUCUCAACACAUUUUGUUGCAGUGAACAUAAUUGUAGGAAAUCAAUAUGAAGGAACCAAGCAACCUUUUUUAGUUUUAUUAUCUAUAUAUCCUUUCUCUCUUCAACUUUUUUUCUUCAAUUUCUCUUUUUUAAGUUAAAUGUCAUCCAUUUUAUUUGGGCUGGUUCCCUGGUUACAUAUUCAUGUUGUAUUGUAGUGUAUAUAAAAUCAUCUAUAUAACUUUCCUAUUUUCUUGGUUC